AUGGAGAGCAAGAUGAAGGAGAAGAGUGAAUCAACGGUCGGAGGUGGUGUUGAGGAUAUCUACGGUGAGGAUCGUGCCACGGAGGAUCAACUCAUCACUCCCUGGACUUUCGCCGUUUCAAGUGGUUACAACUUAUUGAGGGAUCCACGUUACAACAAAGGGCUCGCCUUCACGGAGAAGGAAAGAGAUGUUCAUUACUUGCGAGGCCUUCUUCCGCCUGCGAUUAUGCCCCAGGAGCUUCAGGAGAAAAGAUUUAUGCAAAGUUUUCACCAAUAUGAAGUCCCUUUGAAUAAAUAUGUUGCAUUGAUGGAACUAGAGGAGAGAAAUGAAAGAUUGUUUUACAAGCUUCUAAUCGAUAAUGUAGAAGAGUUGCUUCCGAUUGUCUAUACUCCGACUGUUGGUGAGGCUUGCCAAAAAUAUGGAAACAUUUUUAAGCGUCCACAGGGUUUAUACAUCAGUUUGAAAGAAAAAGGAAGGAUCCUUGAGGUACUGAAAAACUGGCCUGAAAGGAAAAUACAAGUCAUUGUUGUUACUGAUGGUGAAAGAAUUCUUGGACUUGGAGAUCUCGGCUGCCAGGGAAUGGGCAUACCAGUAGGGAAGUUGGCUCUGUAUACUGCACUCGGAGGAGUCAGACCUUCAGCGUGUUUGCCUAUAACAAUUGAUGUGGGAACAAAUAAUGAGCAACUACUGAAAGAUGAGUUCUACAUUGGGCUCAGAAAAAAGAGGGCUAUCGGCGAGGAAUACUACGACUUUCUUGAUGAAUUCAUGAAGGCUGUGAAGCAAAACUAUGGUGAAAAAGUUCUUGUACAGUAUGAAGAUUUUGCGAAUCACAAUGCUUUUGAGCUGUUGGCGAAAUAUGGUAACACACAUUUGGUAUUCAAUGAUGAUAUACAGGGGACAGCUGCUAUGGUACUUGCGGGGCUUAUUGCAUCACUUAAGCUUCUUGGAGGGUCCUUAGUUGAUCAUACAUUCUUGUUUUUCGGUGCUGGAGAAGCUGGAACUGGUAUAGCAGAACUCAUAGCACUUGCUAUUUCAAAGAAGACAAAGGGCCCUGUGGAGGAAGCGCGUAAAAAUAUCUGGCUCGUGGACUCAAAGGGAUUAAUUGUUAACGCUCGAAAGGAAUCACUUCAAGCUCACAAGAAACCUUGGGCACAUGAACAUGAACCUGUCAAUAAUCUCCUCGAUGUUGCUAAGGCCAUUAAGCCAACUGCAUUAAUUGGAACGUCUGGAGUUGGAAAAACAUUUACUAAGGAAGUGAUUGAGGCUAUGGCCUCCAUAAACAAGAGGCCUCUCAUUAUGGCACUCUCAAACCCGACUGCACAAUCCGAAUGCACUGCUGAAGAAGCUUAUACUUGGAGUGAGGGUCGAGCUGUCUUUGCAAGUGGAAGUCCUUUCCCUCCUGUAGAGUACAAUAACAAACUCCACAUUCCUUGCCAGGCAAACAAUUGCUACAUAUUUCCUGGGUUUGGUUUUGGCUUGGUCAUGGCUGGCGCUAUCUGUGUGCACAACGACAUGCUUUUCGCAGCUUCGGAAGCGUUGGCCAGUCAAGUAACUGAGGAGCACAAUGCCAAGGGGAUGAUUUACCCUCCUUUUGGUAAUAUCAGAAAGAUCUCAGCUCAUAUUGCUGCUAAUGUUGCUACUAAAGCAUAUGAACUCGGGUUUGCAACACAUCUGCCCCAGCCUGCAGAUUUGGUGAAGUAUGCUGAGAGUUGCAUGUAUACUCCGAGUUAUCGAAGCUAUCGUUGA